CCGGCGAACACCGAUCUCCGUUAACCAAUCUUGAGCAGACUUUUGCCCUCCCGCAGGAUGAGAUUGCACAGCCUGCUACCGCUCCUGCCGCUCCUGGCGCUCCUCGGCGUCCAAGUUGCUGGCCAGAACACUGGCCAGGCCAACGUCGCCUCCGAAGAUCCUGCGCCGGAUGGCGGAUCACCGGCCAACUCUUCCACGAUCACCAGAACAAGGAUUCCCAACCGGGACGAGAUCCUGGGCCAGAUGCCGCUAAUCAGCCCCAUCCGCACUGGCAAUCCCCAGCUGGACGCCUUCUACUUGCUGUUCCCAGCUCUGGGCGGCCUCCUCCGCUGGGGCAGCCUCUUCCCGGCCUACUCCAUCCUGGGCGCCAUUCCCGACACCCUGCAACCCUCGGCCGCCGCCUCGAAGGUGGUGCUCGUCCUGGCCGAUGAUGCCACGGCCAGGACGCGAGUGGCCCGUCAGAAUGAUCCGGCCAGUGCUCUCGGCCAGAUGAUGAGCUGGCCACAGAACUUUGCACUUCCGACCAUGGACUUGGGACCCCAGGUCGGUUCGUUUUUGGCCCAAUUUCAGCCGAUGCCUAGCCUCCUGGGUGCAGCUGCUCCGGUUCCAGCUCCUGCUCCUGCUUCUGCUCCUGUUCCUGCGCAGCCUGCUCCUCCGGCACCAGCUGCUGAUCCACCAGCAGCAGGAGGAGUUCCUCGUCCUUUUCCUGCUGACAUGCUGGGUCAAUCGCUUCAGAACGCCUUCACCUCACUGAAUCCGGCGAACUUUGAUCCCAUCAAUCUGCUGGGUCAGGCUCAAACUGCUAAUUUGCCUCCACCCAAUACAGAUUUCUUCGGCCAAAUACAGAAGCAGCUCUUCCAGGGACUUCCAGGGCUCCAACAGGCAGCUCCCGUUGGCACGGAUGCCCAGGCCUCCGACAUUUCCGAGGUGAGGGUGCGUCCCGAGACUGCCUACUCGCCACAGGCUGAGAUGGCCCAGCUGAAGAUCAAGUCGGCGCUGGAAAGGGAGCAGGAGAAGCUGGAGCAGGAGCAAGAGCAGGACCGAGUGCCGCUCCUCUGGUUCCGAAUGCCCACCACCCAGGGCCAAAGGGAUAUGAGGGAGGAAAGGCCACUGGAGGACCUUCGCGUGGAGGCCAAGCUGAAGGCCUUCGAACGCCAGGUGAUCGCCGAACUGAAAAUGCUGCAGAAGAUCGAGCUGAUGGCCAAGGAGAUGAGGUCCAGUGCCUCGCUGGCGGCCGACUCCCCCUACAGGAUCAGCUAUCCCCUGAGCCGCACCCCCGUCCACAAGAUCACGCGGGCUGAUAUCGAGCAGGCCCUCCGCGACGACUACGUCCGGCGAUUGGUCACCAAGGAGGCGCAGCGCAAGACCAGGAUUACGGGUCAGAGCAGCCGGAAGGCAGGCGGGCUUAAGCGUCAGACAAUUGAUUCGGAUCAGAACCUGUCCAAGGAGGACAUCGUCCAGAUUAUGGCCUACGCCUAUCGCAUGGCCAGCGAGCAGACUGAGAAGGGCAAGAAGGAUAAGGCUUACGCGGCCUUCAGGACAACUGGACAAGAUGAGGGUCAGGCGGGGAUUAUGCCGAAUCAGCAAAAACUGUGGUCCGAGGAUCAGACCAAGAUCCAACAGAAUCAGCAGCAGGUCCAGCAGAUGCAGCAGCAGCGACAAAUGGCCGAUAAUCCACAAAUGAUGCAACAGAUGCAGCAGCCACAAAUGGCCGUGGAUCCAGAAAUGAUGCAACAGAUGCAGCAACGACAAAUGGUCGCGGAUCCACAAUUGCCAGAGAAGCAGCAGCCACAAAGGGACGUGGAUCCACAAAUGAUGCAACAGAUGCAGCAGCGACAAAUGGCCGAUAAUCCACAAAUGAUGCAACAGAUGCAGCAGCCACAAAUGGCCGAGAAUCCACAAAUGAUGCAACAGAUGCAGCAGCGACAAAUGGCCGAGGAUCCACAAAUGAUGCAACAGAUGCAGCAGCGACAAAUGGCCGAUAAUCCACAAAUGAUGCAACAGCAAGAGAUGUCCGCUGAGCAGGCCAAGAUGGCUCACCAGAUGGCCCGGGAGAAUCCCAUGAUGAUGCAGCAGAGGCAGAUGGCGGAGAAUCCACAAACGAUGCAGCAAAGACAGUGGUUAGAGGAGCAGGCCAAGAUCCAACAGCAACAGCAGCAAGUCCAGCAGAUGCAGCAGCAGCGACAAAUGGCCGGGGAUCCACAAAUGAUGCAGCAGAUGCAGCAGAUGCAGCAGCGGCAAAUGAUCCCACAAAAUCCCAUAAUGAUGCAGCAAAGACAGUGGUCGGAGGAUGCACAGAAGGUUCAGCAGAUGCAGCAAAGGCAGUUGGCAGAGGAUCAGACCAGUAUGCGGCAGGAACAGCUGAUAGCCCAGCAGAAUGCCAUGAUGAUGCAGCAGCAGCCGAGACAGAUGAUGGCGGAUCCACUGAUGAUCAAACAAAUCCAUCAGGCCCAACAGAUGGCCCAACAGAAUCGCAUGAUGAUGCAGCAACAGCAGCCACGAUGGGAGGAUGAGGAUCGGGCAGCCCUAAGGUGGGCCAACGAGAAGUCCGAGGCGAUCCAGCAUGAGGCAAUACUCGGCGAGGCGAGUCCCCAGAUGCCGGAGAACGAAGGAACCGCCCGGCACAAAGUGGAUUCCUUGGGACUCGGCGGAAACAAGCGAAAGAAGUCCAAAUCGCAUUCGCACGCGGUGAUCAACUAUUACUACCAGGCACCUCCCCAGCGUCCGGCUGCCCCAAGUUAUGGCCCAGCUCCAAGUUACGGCCCUGCCCCAAGUUACGGCCCUGCCCCAAGUUACGCUCCUGCCCCAAGUUACGGCGGCAGUUACGGAACUAGUUACGGCGGCGGUGGCCACGGAUCGAAUGCCUAUGGAGUCGCACGCCCCGUCAACUCCUACCAAAGUCAGGGAUAUCGGACGGCACUCGGCAACGAUGAGGUGGACGAGAUGCUGCGCGAGGACCAGACGAUGGGCCGGACAAUAAAUCCCAAGCAACCAGGAGAAGUCGGCGGAGUGGCGAGGCAGCAGAGCAGCUCUGCUCCUCCAGCGACGACGACUGGAGCAGCUCCUCCGGAGCAACUGCAGCAGCAUCGAGUCCACAAAAGUCCAUCAUCAGCACCAUCCGAAUCCGAAAGCGCACCCCCAUCACAUGACCCCCAAGUGGGCUCCAUUUUCACCUUCGACGAGGGACUGUUGCAUCCGUUCAUGGGCCUGCUGCCGGUGGCCAGACCCGAUGAUCCCUGGAACCAGAAGGCCUACGAUCCGCACCAUGCCCUCUACACCGGCGGAGGCAGCUAUGAUGCCUAUCUGAAGGACGGUCGUCGGCGCCGGGAUACGCACAUCAUGGGUCAGGGGUCACAGCUCGGCAUCCUAACGCCCGGCAUGUUGGACAGGCUGCUACGGAUCAAAAUGGAUUUCCAGCGCAGGUUUCCCCAUCUCUACAAGGGCAUGCUGAAUCACCACACCAAUCUCACCCGGGUGGAGGUGGAGCCUCCUGUUUUGGGCAAGAUAUCCGAACCAACGGCGAAGUCCAGGGAAGAGGUUGAGCCGGAUGAGCCUGUCUUCGAACUGGGUGCCGCCGAGCGUAGCCUUUUCGAGGACGAUGCCAACGAUCCUCUGGAGAAGGAGCCCGAACCCGAGCCGGAUGAGGCGGAUGACCGGGACAUUGAGGAGCCCCAGGAGAGCAGUGAGCCCAAGGACAGCAGCAGCAGAAAAGAACGGGAUGACAACGACAUCGACUACUUCAACUUCGAUGACGAUGAUGUUGAUGAUUAGACUUUUAAUAAUAAUGUCAAUAAAAAUAAUUAUUAAAUAAUAAUUAUGCGAAAAAUUAA